ACAAAAUCAAAAAUAUCUACUUUGUUUCUAAAAAAUCGAAUAUAUUGAUAAUGACACAUUGUUACAACCCUGGAAUUUAAAAUCUAUCCCAUUCAUCGGUUUUAAUUGUGAAGAAAGUUAAUGUAGAGUUAGAAUUUUAAAUUUAAAAAUUGUGAUUCAAAAUUCAGAAAUAAUUUCGUAACCAUGGCAACCCCACGACUACCGGUGUGUCUAUUUUGUCGAAAUGGUGAUUGUACCUCCUCCUGGUCCGAUUUAUUUCCCCAAUUUUUAACUUAUCUCGCCACGAUUAAUAUUCCUGUGGAAAAUUUUGAAAAUUUCUGCCCUGAAAAUUUCCAUUCUUGUCAGAAAUGUGGCUCCCUUUUGCAAACGAUUGCUCACCACGUGCACCAACUGGGAGAAGAUUUGCUCACCAUUUAUCGCGUAACGUUGCAAAAUAUGAAUCAUAAUUCGGACGAUGACGACGACAACAUUUUCGAAAUUUGGAGGAGGCGAAGCGUUUCUCGAUUUAAUACUUCCAUCUCUUCGGGGAAAGAUUUCCUGGAAAAUUAUGACCAUAAAGACAAUAUUUUACAUUCGGAAAUAGAAAAUAUGGAGCAGGAAUCACCUUUCAAGCGUGGAGUAAAUUACGACGAUGUUGACAUCGACAUAAAAUAUGAGGUCGACCAAGAAACCCAAAAUCUGGAUUUUGCAGAUGACCACCAUUCGCCCCCUGAAGAAGAGGACGAAAUUCCCCCCGAGGAAGAUGACGAAUCCUAUUUAAACGACAUUCUCGAACUCGCCGAUGACGCCGACGAUCCUCCAAGUCCAUCCAGACAGGCUUCAUCAUCUCAUAAGCGUCAAAGUACCGCUACCCUGAAACCGGAAACCACGAAAAUAUUGAAGUUGAUCGGCACCAAUUCGAUCCAAGUGGCAUCAAAUUCAUUCUCAGUAAAUGAGUUCGAUCCUAAAAAUGUUCCAGUCAAUCUCUGCGGAACUUCGGAAAUUGAAAUUAGGGACCUGAUUCGUACAAAUUUUGACCUCGGUGUUUCAUCCUCAGUGUUGGAUUCAAUGAGAUUUCUUUUCAUCUUGCCCUGAGUUUUUGAGUCUCCCACUAUAGCGAUUGGCAUUCUCUUUAUAUAUAUCAACGGCCACUCAAAUAUUAUUCUCUCACCAGAUUCAGUAAAGAGUGGAUGAAUCUUGGAUUUGUUAAUUAAAGUUAAAGUUAAAAUAAAUCUAUAAAACCCAG